AUGGAUUUCCAUUAUGAUAUUGAUUUUAUUUUUCCAAAUGAUGAGCCUCCAUUUGACUCAUCUUCUGAUGAUGAUGAGACAGAACUUACUCUAGCUAUUGCCAUAGAAGAAUUAAAGAAUGAAGGAGCAUCAACAUCACGUCGUCGUUCGGUUCAACCUCGCAGGUUUAUCUGGCGUAAUCCUUUGCAAGGUCAUGAUAGGCUUUUCCAUGAUUAUUUUGCUGAAACAUCAGUGUAUCCUCCCAAUGUAUUUCGAAGGAGGUUUCGAAUGAGUCGUUCUCUUUUUCUAUGUAUCCAUUCAAGAGUUGAAGCUACUGAACCAUACUUUGUUCAAAAAAGAAAUGCGGCUAACACACUCGGGUUGUCUUUCCUUCAAAAGAUGACCGCUGCAAUCAGAAUGCUUGCUUAUGGAGUGUCAGUUGAUUUCAUGGAUGAAUACAUAAGGAUUGGAGAAACCAUUGCAAUAAAAAGCUUAAAAAAAUUUGUUAAAGCGGUAGUUUCAAUCUUUUCUGAAGAGUACUUGAGGUCACCAAACAACAAUGACAUUGCAAGGUUGUUAGCAGUUGGCCAACAUCGUGGAUUUCUUGCUGAAGGGCGUGCUCCUCCGGUUAAUUACUCGAUAAAUGGUAAUAACUAUUCGAUGGGGUACUAUCUUGCAGAUGGUAUAUAUCCAUCAUGGGCAACAUUUGUCAAAACAAUUCCAGCACCACAAGACCGUAAAAGACAACAUUUCGCUUCCGCACAAGAGGUGGUUAGGAAGGAUGUCGAACGUGCAUUUGGAGUACUUCAAGCGCGAUUUGCAAUUGUGCGUGGGCCUGCACGUUUUUUCCAUCUUGAAACGCUUAAGGACAUUAUGAUGGCAUGUAUAAUAUUGCAUAAUAUGAUCGUUGAAGAUGAGCGACAUACUUACCUUGGAGCAAAUGACUUUGAUUAUGAUCAAAUCAACGAUAAUGGACCCGAACCGGUGUCACAUAAUCCCACUUGUAACCUUAUGCAGUUCAUUGAACGUCAUAAUUCCAUUAGAGAUAGAGGAAUUCAUUCUCAACUUCAAGCAGAUCUCGUUGAGCAUCUAUGGCAACUACAAGGCCAGUCGUAG